GAAAGGCAACAUUUCCGGUUGGAAAGGCACCAAUUUGGGGGGAUUUAUUCAUGAAAGCUGUCGUGAUCAAAAUGACCAGAACUAGUAAAUGAAAGGGUUCAAAGAAAGAAGGAAAAUACUAGUGUUUGUGCCCAGCAGAAUAAAAGGGGUGGGGGGGUGUUUUUGCAUUUCAGGAGUGCAGGUAUAAAGAAGUGCUCUGGUCAUAUUCAACUCUCUUACACCAGCCUGCAGCGUCUGGAGCCGCUGUGCAAGACUUUCCUUCUGUCUGUUUACCUCCCCUCCACCUGCUAUGGUCCUCUACUUGCCCGGCUCUAAUUUAAGUACCACAGACAGAUCCAGUCUAGGCAGCGACGCGACCCUGCGCGACUCCACGGCGCCCCAGAGCCGCGAUGGGCUGAGCCGGAGCGGCCACACGGCGGUGGCGGUGUGCCUCGGCUUCAUUCUGGUGGCCGGGAUCCUCAACAACUCUCUGACGCUGCUGGUCUUCGCCAAGUUCCGCUGCCUGUGGACGCCGAUCAACCUCAUCCUGCUCAACAUCAGCCUGAGCGACGUUCUGGUGUGCGUCUUCGGGACGCCGUUCAGCUUCGCCGCGAGUCUGCGCGGUAGGUGGCUCAUCGGAGAGUUCGGCUGUAAGUGGUACGGGUUCGCCAAUUCCCUUUUUGGCAUUGUGUCCCUGGUGUCCCUGUCGGUCCUUUCCUACGAGCGCUACAACACCGUGCUGCGUUCCUCUAAGGUGGACGUCUCAGACUUCAGGAAGGCCUGGCUCUUCAUCGGAGGCACCUGGGUCUACUCGCUCCUCUGGACGCUGCCACCCUUCCUGGGUUGGAGCAGCUACGGUCCCGAAGGUCCCGGAACCACUUGCUCUGUCCAGUGGCACCUGCGCUCACCCACCAGCGUGUCCUAUGUGCUGUGUCUCUUCAUCUUCUGCUUGCUGCUGCCACUGAUGCUCAUGGUUUACUCUUAUGGACGAAUCCUGUUUGCUAUAAGGAGGGUGGGUAAGGUGAACCUGCUGGCCGCGCAGCGCAGAGAGCAACACAUUCUGCUCAUGGUGCUGUCCAUGGUGUCCUGCUACAUGGUGUGCUGGAUGCCCUAUGGAGUCACGGCGCUGAUGGCCACCUUCGGCCGGUCGGGGCUGGUCACGCCGCUGGCCAGCGUGGUGCCGUCCAUCCUGGCCAAGUUCAGCACGGUGGUCAACCCCAUCAUCUACGUGUUCUUUAACAACCAGUUUUACAGGUGCGUCGUGGCCUUGGUAAAGUGCAGCGGGGAGCCACACUCUGUUCAAGGAGAGGAACAACCAGCUCCAAGAAACCAUCAGUCGGCCGCCUUUGAUGGUCGGAAACCAGCCUCCUCCAGCCCUUCGCAGCCUCAGCUCCUGUGCAGCAGAGCCGCCGCUCCCUGCAGCUGCCGCAGCGGCAGAAACAUCCUGUUUGUCCAUUACACACCAUGAAAGCUUCAUCAUCACAUCCGUCACUGGGCGCUUCCUUUUGGGUUUUCAUUUUUGUUGUUUUUAGACAUUUAUUAAUAUUUUAUGUAUUUUCUGGUAAUUAUUACAUUGACGAUUCUCUUGAACAAAAGGCUUCGCCGCGAUUCUGCUACAUGAGAAGCUCUUAUAAGAAACUGAAGAUAUAAAUUCAUUUUUCCAAACUUUCCUUCUAUUAAACUUUGGCUUCUUAUUUUAAAAAAGAUAUUUAUUUUACUUUACAUAAAUAUAUUUUGCUUCACAUAAGUCUUCCCCCAAAUGAAGAGAGGGCAGUUUAAUCCCUUUUGUAGUUUGUCUUGAUGUUUGUUCAAGAAAGUAAAUAACUAAAUGUUAUUUAUAUGGAACACUUUACAGGUCAGAAACCACAAAGUGCUUUACAAAAUAUGAGACAUAAAAACACAGAAGGAGAGAUAAAACAGAAUACAUGGAGCAUAAAACAAAAUAAAACUAAUUAAAAGCCAAUCUGAAUAAAUGUGUCUUCAGCUGAUUUUGCAAAGUAUCAAAGUUAGAGGGACCAAAAUGAUCCUGGUUCACAAAAACAAGGUAAAAAUAAAUGAAUAAAUGUUGAUUAAUGAAGUCGGGUGUCAAACUCAUGUUCUCAAAUGGCUGGUUGUGAUUGAUAAAACUCAUUAACAAAUUGUUAAAAUAUUAAUAAAUUGUUUCACAUUGAUGUAAUUUAGCAGAGUGCAGAUGAAAACAGCUUUGCUUUGAUUGAUAGAAAUGAUAUUUACACAACUUAAAGCCUAUAUUUAUGCAUCCCGAUGGGGCCUUAUAAAAAGCUGUGGCGGGCCAGAUCUGGCCCCCAGGCCUCCAGUUUGACACAUAUUUAGUUUGUUCUCUGCAGGUGUAAAGCUGGAGUUAAGAACGCUUCGAACCACCAGGGGAAGCUGUGAAACUCGUCAGCACUGACUUCAGCAGCAGCUACCUGCCGAAGGUUCAUGUGUUGCUAUAAUUAAACACAUGCAGAAAACUUGGAGUGCAAACGUUUCCAUACGCAUUUGUUUCCUUUUUUCACUUUAACACUGACUUUAUAUGUGAUCAGAGAUGCAGGUUUAUCGCACAGCUUGCUUUCUGUGACGAAGACAUUUUAUGCAGCUGUUAUUGCAAAAAACAGGGUAUUAAAAAUAAUUGACGACAGUUAGGUGAUUGAAUCUCACUACAAUACAAAGAAGUGUAUAUAUUGCUAUGUAAAUGUAGAAAAUGGCAAGAGUACAUUGCAGUUAAUUUUAUUUUUGAAAAAGAAUUGCUGCUUAGAUGUUACAACCAAACUUAUUCAAACUGUUUAUACAUUUCAAAGUCAGAACGGAGAGAAAUAUUAUCCUUAAAUUUGCUUUAGUAAUAUGGAGAGAGUUUUAUGGCGAAAAGAAAAGACGGAGCUCCAGCUCAGCAGCUCCAGUCAAACUGAAUCAUCCUGCAGCAACACCGCAGCUGCACGAACUGAGAAUGCAGCUCUCCGUGCAUUCAGCUGUGAAACCGUGUUACAUUAAAAUGUUUCACUUUAGCUCAACUUUUGCUACCACAACCAAAGUGCUGUGGUGAAGUAGUGAAACUCCUUCAGAUGGAUAACCCUGCUGCGUAUGGGAAUCUAAAAUAAGAAGCCUUCUUCAUGAAUCUCUGUGAGUUGUCUCACCUCAUCCGUCUUGAUUAACAAAUGUUAAUGAGUAUGUUGGAGGAUAUGUCAUGCUGUGGGCCUGUUUGUUGUUGAAACAGAUAAAUCAAAACCACAAGUCAGCAUGGAGCACCACAGGGCUGUGUGCUCGAAUCAUUAUUUUUACUUUAUUUAAGCAUUUCAGAAAAAUUUGGAAGAGCUCUUUUUUAAAACCCAAAAUCUGGGUUGACGAUGAAAUGAUUUAGAUUUUGACUCACUGUGAAUCCAUUAGCUAUUCUUUCUUAAUGUUCAGGGUUGGAUGUUCACUAUUCCAGGAGUUACUCUGUGGGAGGUGAUGUUUAACUCUGACGCAUUAAAAA